AUGCCCUCCUACUCCCGGUAUCUUCGCUCUUGUGGUGCUCAACCCCCUACUGCCCUAGCUCAGGCACGGCGCCCAACUGGUAGGAACUUGCGUUCCAACCGCACAGUUUCCUUCGAAAAUUCCCACUCGAUUUCAACUUCGAACCGUGGACGUAAUGCCCAAACAAGUUUUAAUCCUCAAAGUCCAGCCCAGAAUCCAACUACACGGAAAAGAAGUUGUCGAUCCAUUCCAGAUGAUGACGAUACUCCUACCGAUGUCGAUGAAGAUGAUGAAGUUGCGGACCUGUUGCGACAACUAGAAAAACAUAUUCAGCACAGUCCAGACCCGAGCAAUCAGCGGACUUCUAAUCGUAACCAGAGACAAAGGAUUGGUCACACUGCUGAUCGGGACAAACAAGCUACCGAUCAUGUUGAAGACCAAGCCAAUGAAAAUGAUGAGGAUGAAGAGGAAGUCGAUGAAGAAGAAGACGAGGAAGAGGAAGACGAUGAAGAAGAUGAUGAUGACGAUGAAGAGCAAGAUGAUGACGAUGAUCCCAACCUGUUUUGA